AUGAAGCUCCAAACUACCGCUGCUGUGGCAGCUUCCUUUCUCUUCAGCUAUGACCUCGUCUCGGCUGCACCCACGCCCGAGAGAGGAGUACUCGAUCCUCUGUUCGCCAUCUCAACGCUAGGCGGCAUGACGUUCAAGAUCAGCCAGGUCCCCAACAGUAAGUUCUACGGUGCCCGAAAGGGAAGAGGUCCAAUGGCCAUAGCGAGGGCCUAUUCGAAAUACGGCGCUGCCGUUUCCGACGACCUACUCGCGACCAUAGAGCAGAUUCUGGAGGAACUGGGGCUCCUGCAGAACCCCGGUGCUGGUAAUGACACUACCGCGGCACCUGAAGGAGAGGUUGCUGCUACCCCCGCAAUGUUCGACUCCGAGUACCUGUGCCCAGUCCAGAUCGGCACGCCACCACAGACGUUGAACCUCGACUUCGAUACUGGUUCUUCCGACCUAUGGGUCUUCAGUUCCGAGACCCCGGCGAGUCAAGUCGCAGGCCAAACUGUAUGGAAUAUUGGCCAGAGCUCGACUGCGAAGCUGCUGACGGGCCAAACGUGGUCCAUCAGCUACGGCGACGGAAGUAGCUCCAACGGAAAUGUUUACUCGGAAACAGUCUCAAUUGGUGGAGUCACUGUCGUAAACCAAGCGGUCGAAUCUGCCAGUAACGUCUCGGUAUCAUUCACGCAAAGGCCCGACACGGAUGGGUUGGUCGGACUGGCGUUCAGUUCCAUCAACACGGUCCAGCCGACUCAGCAGAAGACCUUCUUCGACAACGCAAUGACAGAGCUUGCGUCCCCGUUGUUUACGGCCAACCUGAAGGCAUCAGAGCCUGGCAACUACAACUUUGGAUUCAUCGAUACAUCCGAGUUCACUGGCGCGAUCACGUACAUAGCUGUGACCACGAGCUCAGGCUUCUGGCAGUUCACCGCGGAAGGGUUCGAGGUUGGAACUUCAGGUGCCGUCUCGGCGUCACAUCAAGGCAUCGCGGAUACGGGUACAACGCUUCUCCUGCUUCCCGACCAGAUCGUGGCCGCGUACUACGAGCAAGUGCCUGGUGCUGUUAACGACGCAAGUGCUGGCGGCUACACCUUUCCUUGCACUGCCACGCUGCCCGACUAUACAGCCAUCAUCGGGUCAUAUUCUGGUGUUAUUCCUGGCGAGUUCAUCAACUUUGCGCCGGUGGACGGUAACACGUUUGCAGAUGCGACAACGUGUUUCGGAGGUAUCCAGGCAGCGCCUGCAGGUUUCCCCUUUGCUAUUUACGGAGAUGUGUUCCUGAAGUCGCAAUUCGUCGUCUUCCAUGGUGGCAACACGGCGCUUGGGCUGGCUAACAAGCGUUUAUGA